CAGUUCAGACAGAGUCUCGGAAGAAGUGAAAAGUGUUUCUGGUGUUGUUGUUUUGGUGAAGAAAAAUGAGUGAUUCAGCGGAUUCGCGCUAUCAAGCUUGGGAACGCAACGAAGAGAUUCGGCUGUUUCGGGAUUACCUGAAGAUUCCUUCGGUGCAUCCGGACGUUGAUUACGAUGGUUGCGUCGAAUUUCUGCGCCGUCAGGCAGCUUCGUUGGACCUACCGGUUAAGGUCAUCGAGGUUAACCCAAAGAAGCCGGUUGUGAUCAUUUCGUGGGAAGGUACCGACCCGGCGGCAACCUCGAUCAUCCUCAACUCUCACAUGGACGUGGUUCCGGUUUAUCCGGAGCGUUGGACCUACCCGCCGUUCUCCGCCCACAUGGACGCCGAGGGACGGAUCUACGCGCGUGGUUCGCAGGACAUGAAGUGCGUGGGGAUGCAGUUCUUGGCGGUGGUUCGAGCGUUGAAGCGUGACGGAGUCCGGCUGAAGCGGACGCUUCAUGUGAUGUUCGUGCCGGAUGAGGAAACUGGAGGUGUUUUGGGGAUGAAGGACUUCGUAACGACCGAUCACUUUAAAGCUUUGAACUGUGGCUUCGCAAUUGACGAGGGGUUGGCAUCCGAAAACGAAGUUUUCAAGCUGUUUUACGGAGAGCGGUUGCGUAGAAGUAUGUUUUUGGUGUCUUCAGAACUUUCAACUACUCAUAUUUGGCGAUUUGCAGAGGUCUUCUUCUACAUCUCGGGAACUCCCGGUCAUGGAUCGCUGUUGCUGGAAGGAACUGCCGGCGAGAAGGCGCGCAAACUGCUGGAUCGAUUGUACGAUUUCCGCAGCAGCGAAGCGAAGAAGCUGGAAGACAAUCCGGAGCUCACCAUCGGAGACACGACCAUCGUGAAUCUCACGAUGAUGGAGGGUGGAGUCCAAAGCAACGUGGUCCCGCCGGAGCUGAUGAUCUGCACCGACAUCCGGGUAGCACCAACGGAAGACAUCGACCAGUUCGAGGCACAAAUCGCCCGCUGGUGCGAAGAAUCCGGCGGAGGUAUUCGUGCCGACUUCGGCGUUAAGGAUCCGGUCGUGGGUGUUACCAAGCUUGAUAGUUCCAACCCUUUUUGGGGUCCGUUCAAGGCCGCACUGGACGAGCUGGGACUGAAAAUUAAGCCCCAGAUCAUGCCAGGGGCAACGGAUGUUCGAUUUAUCCGGGAGCAAGGCAUUCCGGCGGUUGGAUUUUCGCCGAUGAACAAUACGCCGGUGCUGCUGCACGAUCACGACGAGUUCCUGCAGGCCGAUACGUACUUGAAGGGAAUUGAGAUUUACCGGAAGAUUGUGGUGGGGGUUGCAAAUGUUUGAGAAUACAAGGGCUUUAGAAGCAAA